UGCUGGAGUUGAAGCACAACACGACAUCAUCAUGAAAUCCCAGCUGAAGCACAAGACGUCGCUGUGUCGCCGGACCAGCAGCACGGGCAGCCGCGGGAAAGUGGUGCGCAGGGCGAGUCUGUCCAACAGACACAACCUCUGCAGGAAGGAGUAUCAGACCGAAGCCAUCGUGUGGAGAGGAGGACGAGAGGAAGAGGAGCGAGAGCGAGAGUCUGAGCAGGAGAACAGCCGCUCGACGCAGCCCGACGACGCUCCGAGAGCAGCGGGGAUCCUCAAGGAAGGCGUCCGACAGAACGGCUGCAUCUCCAGCACUCCAGCGCCUAACGGUGACCCUGUGACCCCUGACCCCACGCCCUCCGCCGAGCAGACCAAGCCCAAAGAGCAUGUGCAGACACUGUCCGAACUCAAGAAGCAGCGCUCCGCCGCCAAACUCCUCGUCCAGCCCGUCCUCAACGGACACCUGGGAAACGGCUCGACCAAUCCCAGUCCAGAAGAUCCACACAUGCCUCAGGUCUCGUCCAAUGGCAGCACAGUCUACUUCACGCCGGCCAGCGGAGACCCGCCCCUUCUGAGGUUCAGGCAGCCAAUAGAAGACGAGGAUCCCAAGAGUGACAGCUGCUGCUGCAUCUCAUAGAUCUAGCUCACACACACACACACACACAUAUCUAUCCCACAAAAGGAUCCUGUUUAUCACCCGCUUUUAUUUCUCAUUCCGAGUCUGGAAGUCUCUCUGAAGCCUGUGCAGGAACAGGAAAUGACCUCAUUCAGGCUAACAGCUGCAGCUGUGUAAUGUGUGAUUGUGCUGCAGCUCUCCUGUACAGUAUUUAUUUGUAUAUGUGCAUAGAGCCACUCUUAAUUCUGUAAGAUUAUUUAUUGUAUUCCAGAGCGAUGCAGAGACGGACGGAGCACAGAUGAGUCAGUAUUUUUCUAUGAUAGUGUUAUUAUAAUGAGCAGAUGAAGUAUAUGAAUGCACACUCAAAUCACAAGAAGAAGUAGCCUUUGAUAUGUUUUGCAUCGUCACGAUAUUUUCACAACACACUUGCUGCAGAAAAAAAAGACUGUUAAUGUAAUUUAAUGCAGCAUCACAAUAAAUACUAACAUUAUGCAUAAAUGCAUUUAAAUCAAAUUAAACAUAGUGUUAUUUUUUUUCUAUAUGACACUUUUAGUGAGAUUUAGUGAAACGGUUACUGUUAUGAAAAGAGCUUGUGAAAUAUGACCCAGAUGUGUUUAUAGGAAGAAAGUGUUCGUGAUUCUCCCAAUGAAGGGUUAAUUUAUUUUAUUCGAUCCGCUCGAUCGUGACACUCUGCUCUUUCGGGUGCCAAAGUCUUCCAGAGUGAUGGACGUCAGAAACAGCCAAUCAGGUUCCAGUGCCAGUCCCGUAGCCCCGCCCACUCCUCAGCGCUCAUGCGUCAGAGCCGGGAAAGAAUGUAAAUAAUGCUUGGAAUGCAUUUCCUUCAAACACGAGCUGAUGUUCAGGAAGGAAAGUAUUCUGUAGCCUGUGAUGGUGAAUCUGAAAUAGACAUAUGAGUAGAGUUCACACGUGAGGAGUUGAGCUUCCGUUUCUACUGAGGAGCACGAAGGGAAAAGAGCAUCACAACUACUGAUCUGAUCAUUACUGGAAUCUACUGAUCACUGUAUUAACAUAUUUUCAAUAAAGUGUAUAUUUUGGUCAGUUUGUAAAGGGUUUGUGUCGUCAGUGCUGAGUGAGAUGUUUAAGGAAGUGAUGAUUGCGUCAUCGGUGUGUUUAGAACCACAGUGAGUCAGCAGUUCACCACCAAUGAGGAAGAAAGCCUGCACACACGUGCUCACUGUAAAUAUUGAUUCAGUCGGUCUACAUCAGCUUUAGUCCUGCACUGGGAUUCUGGAUUUGAAUUCGACAUUUAUUUGAUAUUUAAUACAAAUUUUACAUUUAUAUUAAGACGUUUUACAAAACAAAAC